AUGCCCCUGCUUAGGUUGUUCCCCUGGAGUCAAGGCCUGCCGUCUUGCGUGGCUGGAAGCUCAGCUUCCGCCUCAUCAGCUACGGCUACAACGGCUUUCAGUAAUGACAGCAAUUUCAACAACAAGAGCAGCAACAGAAUCUCUGAGCGCUGGAGUUCUGAGCUACACGGUGUGCUCCACCGGGUCUCAACGGCUGACUGGGUCCAGAUCAUGGCCACGGAGGGUGUGGGUGCGGGCAAGUCCGGGUAUCGCGUGGUGGAGGUGGAGGUAACGCUGUACGACGGUCGCCGCAUCCGGGCCCUGACACUGGAGGGCCAGCCGCCGUCUCUUCACCCCCCCACGCGUUCCGUCUCACCCUCCCGCCGCUACCUGGGCCUACUGGGGGACGGCGCCCGUCACCAUGGGCUCAACCCCGAGUACAUCACAUACCUGGAUUCUCUCCAGUCGUACGAGGCCAACGGAUGGAACAACGCCACGGGUCGGGCCGUCGUACUCGCUGCGGCGGUGCCGCUAGCGCUUCCGCUGCUGCCGGCCGUCGUCCUCUUGCGCUUGACCGCCAGGAAGAGCAAGGCCAGGGAAGAGAGACAGGCAGUCGGGAGUAACGGCGUCGGCGUCAAGGCGGGCGCCACCGCUGCGGAUUGCAGCACAGUUGCGGAGUGUGUGGAAGCAGCUGCGAAAGGGGCGGCGGUGGCGACCAAAGAAGAUCCAAUCGACAUGCUCGGCAGCGGCGCCGCCAAGACGACGGCCGUACAGAUGCCACUGCAGUCGUCGUCGCCGCCGUCAGUGUCCGUAACAGCUACCAUGGCGACGACGCAGGGUUCGGUGCCCGCCACCGUCGACAGCGGCGGCAUCCCGCCGCAGCUCCUGCGGCCGCCGAUGGCGCUGCCGGAGCUAUUGAGCGGAUAUUUGCGCGCUGUGCAGUACACCACGUGGGUUGUACAUGACGUACUGGCAGCGACACUGCUGGGCAGCGACAGCAGGGCUGCCGACGCCAAGCAGCAGCGCCAAGGCUGA